UGUGCACAUGCUCAACCGUGACGUAGCAACCAGGAAGGACUCGAAGACGAACACAUAAACACCGCAGACCUGUUACUUUACUGUCGUAAACAUCUCAUUUGUAAUGGUACUACCUGCAUGCAGCUGGACCAGUAUCGUAGUUGGCAUUGUCAGUGUCUUAGUUGUAUUUUUCGCUGCUAUUUUAAAUAAUUUGGAGAAUUCUGAACCUAUCGCACUAUCCAGAAUGACAGCAGAUAUAAAAACCCUCCUGGAAAACUACAGACAGAAAAAUAAGACCUGUUUCAUUCUCGGGGCGUCUGGGGAAACUGGCAAACUGCUGUUCAAAGAGAUUGUAAACAGCCAGAUCUUCUCAAAGAUCACUCUUAUUGGCCGCAGACUGGCGUUUGAAAAUGAAGCUUAUGAAAAUGUGUUCCAGGAGGUUGUAGAUUUUGAAAAGCUGGAUGACUAUGCAGCUGCAUUUCAAGGACAUGAUGUGGGUUACUGCUGCCUGGGAACAACAAAAGCCAAAUCAGGAGAGCAAGGCUUCAUUCGUGUGGAUCACGAUUAUGUUUUAAAUUCAGCCAAGCUUGCGAAAGCUGGAGGAUGCUCGCAUUUCAAUUUGGAGUCGUCUAAAGGAGCAGAUAAAACCAGCAGCUUUCUAUAUUUAAAAGUAAAGGGUCAAGUUGAGGUGGAGAUUGAAGAAUUGGACUUUGACAGAUAUACCAUCUUUCGACCUGCCGUUCUUAUGGUUGAUAGACAGGAGUCACGUCCCGCAGAGUGGCUGGCUAGGAAAUUUCUAUCUCCAGUCUCCAGUAUUUUUCCAACUGCGCUCUCAAUACCUAUCUCAUCGCUGGUCAAAGCCAUGGUUAUCAAUACAGUCAUGGAGGGGGACAAGAAGGUGGAAAUAUUAGAAAAUAAACCGAUCUACAACCUUGGAAAACUUGGAGAGAACUGAAAAAUAGAAAAACCGACUUGGGUGUCUCACAGGGUACGCAGGCUUUUCGGACUACACAUGCCCCUUCAUCAGGAGAAAUCCCAAACUAUGGACAGCUAUGCAUUUAAAGCAUAGUAUUGAGACUUUUUCAUGUUUCAGUCUUUGAUUAUUGGGUGCUGUGAUCUUAGAGAGAUUUCAAUUUUGAGUUGAGAUUUUGAGAAAUAAAAAAUAGAACAUUGAAACGCUAAUUAAAUAUGCAACAAAAAUAGAGACAGUAAUCAAGUGA